AUGACAUUUAACCAAGCAUAUUCUGAAUUGCUAGUCAAGUUACCGGCUUCCAUAAUAAAUGAGGUAUGGAUUCGUCUCACAUCACGAAAGCGUAACCCAUUAUCUGAGAAAGAGGCCAGUAAAAUUAAUCCAAUUGUAGAGUCAUUUUUAAAACAUGAAGCUAUUAAAUAUCAGAAAAGAUUAAUGCGUCAGAGACGAACACAAGGUUGGCCGGAGUGUCCAACAUUAUUACCAUUCAAAGAAAUAUCAACUAUAUACGUUGCAGAUAACGGAACCCAAACUGAUGAUAGCACCUGGCGGGAUUAUUCUCUUCCUCAUAAUCAUGCUUUAGUACCUGGUCAUACAAAAAAUAAACAAAUAAGUACCAA